AUGCGAUCCACGUGUCGUCUCUGCGCUGGGUCUGUGCUUGAUGCGCCAUCCACCGAGUUGCGCGCGACGGCUCAACGAGUAGCGCGCGUUGAGACACGGCGCCUGCGGGAGAAAAAGGCUACAACAAGCCCCUAUCACAAGGAGCAGUACAUCAGCGCUUUUCUCGAGGCGCAUAGCGCCGCGCUGGUGCACCAGCACGUCGUAUUCAAUUCUCUCACUAACAAGCACAUCGAGGAGAAAGCUGCUACGGCACUCACUGCCUCCCACGAACUGACCAGCCUGGCGCAGGAGCUGGACGCGCGCUAUGCUACUCGUGAUUCCUCUAAAAAGUUAGCCCGCUCAGGGACAGAGCCAGUGGAUGCGCCCAACCUCGCUGGUCCGGGCGUCGGCUUUCUCUCGCACUUCCCUCGGAUUGAGUUUGGUGCGUGGCGCAGCACGAGUGGCGGAGACACGCGCCUGCAGCGGCGUCUGCGUUCAGCUGAUGUAAUGCGGCACUGCGUGAUUCGCGAGGCCCGCACACCACCGUCCCUCUCGCCGGAGGUGAUUGAGCGGAUGCUGCCCCCACGGCUGCCGGCGCCAGCUCAGGGCUUAAUCGUGUACUUGAAGUCGGUGCGCUUCCAGCAAAAUGAAGACCCAGAGAACUGUAAUCGACUAGAGUCGCAACUCUGGGAGGCUCUGCAUGCACUCCAGUACUCACGUGAGCUACAGCGAGCCGUGGCGCUCUACGCAGUUCUCUGUAUCAGCGCCUUCUGGGGCUGGCACACCGCCUCCGCCCUUGUGGUGUCACUGGUGCAGAAGUGGCCAGCACAUGUCGCACCUUGCGGUGCGAGCUCGUCUGAUGCGGUGAAGGCCGUGCGCGAAGACCGCUCGCACAUCAUCGCGCUGUUCCUGGAGACUGCGCGCUGCAGCUCAUUUCGGCCCUCCUUCACUGCGCCGUCCUUGGCCGAGCUGGAGAAGGUCGCCGUGGCACUGCACAAGCCAUUUGAAGAAGACAAUGGUUGUGCGACCGGCUCUUUCACAGCAACAGGCGCACCUCUUGGCGGCCAGGGCAAGAGGAGCAGCGGCGCUGCUGCUGCAUCCUCGCCUCGCUGGGAUCCUAUCGUAUCGGCACCGCUGCUGUCGUUGAUGGGAAUGCACAGACUCACGGACGAGCGGGUUUUCCGAAACGAAGCGGCGCAAGUGAGAUCGCUGGCGGAGCGCUUCUGCGUGCAUCGAUUUCGUCCCACUCCGUCGUACGCUGCCGCUGCCUGCAAUUCCGGGCCAGCGUACAUGCCUGCCUUAGCGUGGGGUGAGUAUCUUCGGGCGAUGCACCGCUGUGGCGCCUCCUUGGCGGAGAUCCAAAGUGCGACAGACCGCAUCACUGACAAGGCCGACACGCGGCACGCCGAUUCGCUUCUCUCCAGCACGCACCUGUGGAACGCAUACCUCGCGUGCAGUCCAGGCAGCCACGCCAAAGAGGUGUACGAGAGGAAUUUGCACGUCUACAGGGUAAAAGAGACACCCGCCACCACGGCAGCGGUCAUGACAGCGCUGUUGCAGGAGGGAACGGCAGAGAGCUGCGUCGAGGCCCGUGCACUCUGGAAGCGCCUCCAGCGCGUUCACGCAUCCGGUAAGAUGAUUCUGCAUACUAGCAGCACACUGACGGCCUACAUUCGAUUGCUGGAGGUAGAGGGCCAGGCAGACGCGCUCUUGGGGCUUCUUACCUCCUUUGAGGGGCUGUAUGAGCCGUUUGGCGUGGCCCCGAAGUCGUUUGCACGGGCGGUGGAAGAGGUGCAUCGGCGGGGCAGUGGCGGUUCGGGGAUCGAAGAGGGCCUCGAUCUGCUUGCCUGCGCGUGCAACAGACACCCCUUCCUCGUCCCCCCAUUCGUGCGCUACGUUCUUGUCCGUGCGAUUAAGCGGACGUCGACUGCCGCCGCAUCUGCGAAGGCCGCUGUGACGGGCGCCGGCGACAGAGGGGAGACAUCACGCCCUGUCGCAAGUCGGUUGUCGGCAGCGGGGGUUGAGUUCUCUGCCGAGGACGUCGCUGCGCUACUCUAA